UCGCUCUGCGGCGUACUACGCGCGGCCAGGUUCUUGAACUCGUCAAUGGCAUAGUCAGUCUGUAGUUGGCCGCGCUCGCCGAUAGAUGGCACUCUCAUUCAUAAGCGCUUUUUCCGAACUAUUUUUUCCGGCAAAGUAGCGGAACGGGAGGAGGCUGGAGUCUGGAAGGGAGCGAACGCAAACAAAUGCCUCAGGGAUGGCGGCGGUGACGGACGCACAGGAUCAGACUACACUGGAAGGUCUGGACUUCUGGCCCAAGUGGGACCGGAAGGAACAGAUCAAAAUGAGAUACUCGGGUCAGGAAUACGUAUCCAAGUCGGGGAAAGUGAUACCAGCCAAGAAACAACCAGAGCUGAUAUGCACAUGUCCUCAAAAAUGUGGAGACAAAAUCACCCAAGAACAACGGGAGCGCCUCUUCAAAGAGUUUUAUGCUCUGUCUGACCAUGCUCUUCAAAACCGUUUCCUUCAAGCACACAUUGAAAUUCGAGCUGUGCAGAGGAAAUACUGGCGACAGCAACAGAGAACAGCAUCUGGGCGCAGUCAGCGCAGAGUGAGCUGCAAAUAUCAAGUUCCGCUCAUUCAAAGUGUCUCGGAUGUUACUUUUGAUGGAAGAACAAAACCUGGUAUUCCAAUUGUUGAGGUGUGCCAGAAAGCCUUCAUGAAUGUCUACGCCAUCACUGAGAAGAGAGUCAGGAUACAGCGAGAGCGUCUGAUAGUUCAAGCCCAAGAGUUUGCUGCUGCCAAUGGAGAGAGUCCUCUUCAACCGAUGGAUUCUCUGUCACUUCUUGCUCAACGAACGACACCAAACAAGCUAUCUUCAUGGGGAGGCGAAAACUUCUACCAACAGAAACAAGAUUCAGUAGCUCCUCGUAUUGGCUCUUAUAGUAACUCUAAUGUCAGUGUCACUCCAUUACGCGUUUCAUCUGCUCACAUGCCUCAUCCUCGUGAUCUCAUGAAUAAGCUAGGUGACAGAGAUAUUACCAUGGUGCCUGCUCAUGCCAAUGGUUCUUUAAGCAUUUUGCCAGUCAAACGUGAUAGCUUCCCAUUUAAAAAUAAUACUAAAGUGAAUCGAGAUGUCUCAAUGAUUUCUCUCGGUAAGCAGGAUGAGCCGUCAGAAGAUAACCCAACUGAUUUGUCCAUGCCCACCGAUUUGUCUGUUCGCAAGAGAUCCAUGCCUCAAGAUCUCUCAAAGCUCAACAUUCCCUCUGCAACCACCAUUGUGCCCGUUCACUCCACUGCUGGCAACCAACCAGUGGACCUUUCUGUCAAGAAUGGAAGAUCCAAGAUGCUUGACGAAAUGGAGGACAAAUACGGCAAGUUCAGAUUUGAACAGUAUCCUAUUGCAAAGAAGUACAAGCUUGACAAGUCUUCCAAACAAGAGUACGAAUCGGAAGUUGAGAUGGACGGGGAUGAAAUGGAUGAAAUGGACAUGGAGCCUGGUACGGAAGCUGGUAUGGAUGGUGAUAUGGCCAUGGAGCAAGCCUAUGAGCCAGAAAUUGAGUCAGAGCUAGAGUCAAGACCAGGUGCCACUCCUGAUUCAUUAUCUAGUCACUCUGUGCAUGCUGAUGAUAGACACGAGGCAUAUGGAACUAUGCCUGCCGCUCUACCAUUCCUUUUCCAACCUAAUGGCAAUGACAUUGCUCUGGUUAACUCGUUUUUCCUCAAUCAACUGUGGCAGCCAGAAUUUAUCGAUACUGAGUUGUUGAGGCAGUAUCACAUGAAGAGAGAGGAAUUAAAAGAGAAGAAGAAACAGCAGAGAAAAGUUUCCAAAGCUAAGGUUGCACCUGAAGAGGUGCCACACCAUGAAGAGCAAGAAAAUGAGAAAAAUACAGAAGAGAAAAAGGAGCCAGAGGAGCAAAUGGCAGAGACAGGAAAUAUGGUGAAGAGGGUAGAAGAAGCUGAUCAUAGUGAAGAAAAUGAGAAGGAGAAUGAAGAUACUCGAGAGAUGGCUGAGGAUUUGGAUGAGAGAGAGAUGGAGGAAGACGAAUACAAUGUAAGGAAAGGAGAACCCAACAGCGAGCUCAACAGCGAGCCUGAAGUUUCCCCUGAGGAGGUCUAGGUAUUCCAAAGAAUUUUAUCUACAGGGUCCUCUUGUAGAGAAAUACAUUGUACCUUAUGACUAUAUUGUACUUAGUUAGGAGAAUGUUGUUCUAUUAAACCAAAGGGCCGUAAUAUAUUCUCAAUGUAUUGUAAAUAUAUUCAUAAUGGACAGCAUGAACCUUUGUUUCCCCAGUCAAUAUUUAUGGUGAUUUUUUCUAAUUUUGUAAUGUAGUGAUUUUUGUUUGUUUGUUUUGUCUUUACUUUUAGUUCAGUGUGAAUACACUACCAGUGGUUUUGAAUCCCAGUUUUGUAUGUAUUUUUGUAAUAAUAAACUAAUUUAUCAAUGAAUGCA